ACAAAGUCAUCGUACUUUUUUUAAUGAAAACAAAAAAUUGCUUUUUGCUCUUGAUUUAGGGUUAUGGAUAAGGUUAGCACUGUGGUUAAGGUUAGGUUUAAAAUAACAUUUUAAGAAGAGGAAUUACAGAAAUAGGCGGGAUUUAUGAAUUUGUGGCUAAGGUAACUAGUGACGACCUUUUCACAGUGCUUGAUUGGCUGUUUUCGUCCUCUUGUCAAAAGUCAAAACAACGGAGGUGAUGAUGGCAGAUUCUGGAGCAAUGUGGAGGCCGCCCCGGACCUGUGAUGACUACUGGAGUGAAUUCAGACACUGCAAAAGCCUGUGGAACCGUUUCCAUAACUACUAUGCCCAUGGCACAUCCCCCUCCUGCGGGCAGUGGAAAGAAGACUACUACUCAUGUAGAGAGUGGGAGAAGAACCCAGGCCCAGAGACCAAGGAGUCUUUACAGCAGAGUGAGAGGAACCGGGAGGCGGAGCAGAGGAAGUUCACCCCUGUGUGGGACCUGAGACGAGAUCCGCCCAGAGACUGGCACAUGCCCCUGCACCAGGGAAAGUCCCCAGAUUCCCAGUCCUAACCUUCCCCUGGGUCAAUACUGCCAUAGCCCUAAACAUGGGCAAACGAAGGUCAAUGUGGCAUCUGAGAUCUGUUUCACUACAUAAACUUAACCAAUUCUUCUAGAUUUAACUGUAGAGAUUGCGGCUAGGGAGCCAUGGUCCUGGGGUUAUUCAGAGCAAUCCAUUGACAUUACAGCUAGAAUUUUAAAGUUCAAGUCAUAAUUGUUCAUGGCAGAAUGUAUGUUCUACACAAUGUAUUUUAUAUUUGUUCAUGAACUUUGCUGAAUAUGCCCCUUGCAGAGGGUGUGAAGGCUUUUGUCCCAGCUAAUAUGCUCUUAACCACCUGACUCUUAUAGGUUCAGUUGAAACCAUGUUUAGAAAGGUGUUUUAGUGCUAGGCUUAGUUGGGGAAAAGCCUGCUCUCCUGGAACAAAACCACUCUGGCGUAGAUUUUUUCCCCAGAGGUGUCCAAUUCUCUUCACUGGUAUUAGGGCGGUGUUCUCUACUGCUAGAAAGUUCUACUCUAAUCAAAAACACAAUUAUUGAUAGUGACAGAGUGCUGUGCAUUCUUUCCAUACAUUAUACAAAUGAAAAUGUGUGUAUACUGGGAAAUAAUAUUUUUGGGAACAGCUAAAAGAUACUGGAUUGGGAAACGGGUAAGCGCACCAUCCAGUAUUCUGGCUUCCACCAGUGGUCUGACUGUUUUUGUCUAGUCAUUGUGUGGAAAGAGACUAAACUCUACCUACUGCAAUUGAGGCCAGUCUUUCUGUAACACCGUUACACAGGAUCUUUGCCUUUAUUAUUUCACAUGAUACCUUAUCUACAGUGUUGCAUUCAUAAAAAUGCAUUUCAAAUAAAACAAAUGAAUCCUUUAUUUCAA